AUGAGUAUGCAUCCGGCGAGGCAGGCAUAUGUGGAGGAGGACGAGCCUGCGGGCGAUGCCAUGGAAGGGAUUGACCUUGCCAAUGUCCCCAUCGACCGCGACCACUUCAUGCCCGCUGCCGGCGGCAUCCCGAGCGAAAAAGCUUCUGAGCUCAUGUCCCAGUUUGAGCGUAAACGACGAGCCGCCCAGAUUCACGUACCCACCGCCGACCGCGAUGUUCGAGCUAGGCUCCGUGCCAUGGGGGAGCCCAUUACCCUCUUCGGCGAGGACGCGGCCGACAGACGUGCUCGGUUACGCACCCUGCUAGCAGAUCAGGCCGAGCAGGCCGGCGAGGAUGGGGAUAUUCAGAUGCAGGAGUCCGAGGCAGCUGCAGCCGACGAGCAAGAAGAGGAGUUCUACACUCAAGGCUCUCAACUGCUUCUAGAGGCGCGGCGGGAUAUGGCCAGGUUCUCGCUUCCCCGGGCGAAGCAAAGGGUUGCUUUUCAGCGAAACGAGUCGUCCAUUCCCCUCAAGACACAUAUCGCAUUCCGCAAUCAGAUCAAAGAGCGCUUACAAGGAUUCGAUCUCUACGGGUCGCAGAUGUCGGAGCGCCCGGUCGGCAUUGUCCGCUUCUCGCCCAGCGGCGAGUAUGUGGCGUGCGGCAACUUUGCCGGCCAGAUAAAGCUGCUCGACGUCCCUAAUCUGGAGCAGAGGAAGGCUUAUCGCGGCGGCCACACGGAUCGUACCACUGGUAUAGAUUGGGCACCCGGCGCAACUCUUCCAGGAAGCAACAUCUCAACAUCCGCUAUGAAUUUUGCCUCUGGUGGCGGAGGUGGGAAGAUUCAGCUUUGGUCUUUGGAUGACGACAAGCCGAUGAGAACUUUGGAAGGUCACAGUGAGCGCGUAUGCAGGAUUGCAUUUCAUCCCUCGGGUCGCUACCUCGCUUCCGCCUCCGAGGACACCACCUGGCGACUAUGGGAUGUUUCGACGGGGCAGGAACUCAUCAUCCAAGAGGGCCACUCAAAGGAAGUGUACACGGUCAGCUUCAAUGACGACGGAUCAUUGAUUGCAAGCGCUGGCCUUGACAGUAUAGGACGUGUGUGGGAUAUCAGGACCGGACGGGUCAUCUACAUGAUGGAAAGCCACAUCAAACCUAUCCAUGGGCUAGACUGGAGUACCGACGGCUACCGCCUGUUAUCUGGCUCCGCGGAUGGCUUCAUGAAGUGCUGGGAUGUGCGGGCCAUGAGGGAAACUAACUCAAUCGGCGCAAACUCCGGAGGAGUCACUGAUCUCCGAUGGUAUAGAGGGACCGACGGGCCAAGCAGUGGGAUCCCCCUGCGCGUAAAUGAGAAAGGCGAACUGGUUCCGAAGAAGGCCUCCACAAUCGUGGUGUCUUCAGGUUUCGACAAGAGUAUCAAGGUAUUUUGCGCAGAUGAUUGGGCCCUCUGCAAAACACUCAAGGGCCACGCCGGGCCCGUCCUCAGUACCGACAUCUCCAGGGGUGCCGCUUGGAUUGUCAGUGGAGGAAAAGAUCGCACAGUGAAGUUGUGGUCCCGGGACGACAUGGAAGGCAUAUGA